CACACACACACACACACACACAUACACACACACACACGCACACACACAAACCAGGGAAGGUGACCGGAGGGGAGACUGACCAGCGAAGUAGGAGCCAUGGACACCACCCUAGACGGCCCCCUGAGCCCCAUCACCGGCCUGGGCAUGGCGUGUCCGUUUAGCCCCACGCCUAGGAACCCCGGGCCGGGCCUGGCCAGUCCCCAGGAGUACAGCCAGUGGCUCCCCUGUCGCCAUGACGCCAGCCUGCUACCCAUGAAGGAAGACCUGGUGUUGUGGCUCAAAACUAUCAUGGGUACUUCCUCUGGAGUGGUGGACCUGAAUGCAGACAGCCUGAUAGAGCGUCUGGACAGCGGAGUCCUCCUCUGUCAGCUCGCACAGCAGCUGCAGCAGCGCAUGAUCCUGUCCUGUAGUGACAAGGUGCAGCCCUUCAUUCGCAGGGUGAUACACUGGCGAGCUGACGCUACUUCCGGAUCUUUCUUUGCCCGAGACAACACCGCUAACUUCCUCUACUGGUGCCGCAAGAUCGGCGUUGAUGAAGCGUAUCUGUUUGAAUCAGAGGGUUUGGUGCUCCACAAGCAGCCCCGGGAGGUGUGCCUCUGUCUGAUGGAGUUGGGAAGGAUUGCAUCAAGGUAUGGGAUCGAACCCCCGGGACUGGUGAAGCUGGAGCGAGAGAUCGAGAGGGAGGAGGCGGGCUUCCUCUCUCCAUCUUCCCCUCUCUGCUUUUCCUUUUUCCCCUCUCCGUCCCAACCAAGGGAACCCUCUCCCCCUCCCCCUCCAUCCCCGCCUCCGCCCCCCGCCCCAGAGCCACCGACCCCCGACGCGCACGGCGUCAUCCCCGGCGCCCAAACCGCCGCCACGUGUUCGUCAUGCGCUCGGGCCCUGCCCACGGCCUCCACCAAAACGGUGUCCACUCAGACCCAAACCUUCUCCUUCCCCCCUCCUCCGGCCAACACAACACCCCUCCCGCCCACCCCCGCGACUACGACACCCCCCACCCAGCCCCAGAGCGCCCCCUCGCUCCCGGGCAUCACCCGGCCCCUCGGCCGAUCGGCAGGCCGCAGAGUUGCCAGCCCUGCCACUGACCUCUUGGAUGACAUAGUGAGGAACCUGGUGGAGAAGCCCGCGUGCCAAUGCCCGGUGAAGUUCCCGGUGGAGAAGCAGCCCAAGGGACGCUACAGAGUUGGGGAGAAGAUCCUCUAUGUUCGGAUGCUGAAUGAGAGACAUGUGAUGGUCCGUGUUGGAGGCGGAUGGGAGACCUUCAUGGGGUACCUGACCAAACAUGACCCCUGCAGAGGAGGGCCAGCAUGCAGGGGGCCCGAGGUUAGAGUGAGCCGGGCUAAGACCCCCCAGGUGAAGGACCUGUCCCCCGACAGCUACAUGGUGGUCGGGGCACACUGUCGUGGAAAAAAGUAGAAGACGUUUGCUCCUCUUUCACUCAUGUAUAGUGAAAGAUCUUAGGAUCAGGUUCAAUUCCACGAAUGUGCAUCUAAGCAGGAUUACGUCUGCUAAUUAAAUGUUUGCCCAAGUCAAGAGAAUAAGGUUGAACAUUUACUUGUUUUAUCAAGGCUCCAAUUUGAAAUUGUUUGUAUAAAGGCUUAAAAAUACUAUCCUCCUGAUGUCCCAUUGAGUUGAGAAAUGUCACAUAUCUUUACUGUAUCCUUAUCAAACGUAUUUGCUUCUUUGUCUUAUUUCAAGAUGUUUAUUAAUGCCAAAUUAUUAAUACUUGUGUCAUUGUUUAUUAUACUUGAUGAAAACAUGUUUAAUUAAUUAUCUCAAGAAAUCUAUUUUUGAUAGCAAUUUGAAAGUUGGUAGAUGAUGUAGUGCUUUUACAUGAUACUUAGUACCUCUUGUAUUUGAAAAAAAACAUGGGUGUGUUUUGUUUCUGCUGCCUUUCAUCAUGGAGGGCUGCAUGCCUCAAACAUUGUAACAAUGAAACAGUAGGGAUUGCGACUGUUAUCAGACGUUAAACGAGAAGGGAAUAAACAGGUCCUGCCUCUAGAUGGCGCAGUAUCCCAGAUUAAGUCAAACAAAUCCACAGACUGGCGCCUCCAUGUUGACUGCCCCUCCCCCAAAGCACCUGCUCCAGACAGUCUGUUCAGUUCACAUAGCGUCUCAUUUCGCGAUGUAUUUUCUAUGUGGACGUGGGGGUCAUAAUAGUAGAGAGUUUAGAGUUUGGAUUGGAUUUUUUUUAUAAUGCGUAGAUACAAACUCAUCAUUGGUCUGUUUUAUGUGUCUGACAGAACUGGCAUGUAUCUUGGGCCCCAGGCGACAAAGUGCUUGAAAAACAAACAAACAUUGAACUUUUCAGUACAAUAGUAUUACAUAUUUUAUUUCAGUAAAAUAAAUUAAUUAAAAAAUGGACACAAGUUGUAUAAUAUUGAAAUAACCUAAUUGUAAUGAUCUCAUGCAAGACUAUAAUGUCUCUUUUUAAAUUCCCCCCACACAACAUCCUCUGUGGAUUGAAUCUGUAAAAAUGACUUGUAGAAAAUAAUGCAUGUGCUACUGAAACGAGAGCCACGCUAAACGGUGGCGUUAUGUACAGGCCAUCUCUCAUAGCUCCACAGACAAAGUCACUAUUCAACAGGAAUCUCACUGCAGUCUUGCAUACAUGUUUACAUGGUUAAAUUGUGCUGAGAUCAGUCAAUGACACCUGUUUCUUUUUCAUAGUUCAGUACAAAAACAUAUCACAAAUGAUUCCAUAUCCAAUCAUUGCUAUAGAAGGAUUGCUAUCUAAUGGUGCAACCUCCACAUGUGUCCUACAUAAUUAACAAUUUGAUACACAGCAGGGAUCCAAUAUGUGCUUUUAAUUUUUACCUCGAUACCUUUGGACCUUGUUCUGCACAGCGUGUGCACGGGUAGGCCUACUACAUUACGUUUUCAGAAGGCCAGCAGGAAAAAGCACCUUUCACAAACAUUGCACUUAAAGACAAUGUAUGCAGUUGUGCUUCCUUUAAAUUACCUGUUAGCCUUGCUAAGGACAUCCAGUAUGAAUACAUGUAUGUAUUCUUCACUGAUAAUUACCGUUUGUAGUAAUACUAGUUUGGAAUAUUAUUAAACCAUUGGAAUACUUCAAUUGGUAACACUGUUUUCUUUCAGAUUCCCAUUGUAACAGCGUUGCUACUGAUGUGUCCAAUGUGCCGAGACACUUUUCUUUUUUUACAUUCUAAGGCAAAGCUAGAUGUUAUUGGUGACACAUCUGAAACAAUUAUACACUCGUUCCAGCAAGUCCUGUUCCAUUCACGGUUACAGGCAGUGUGAACACAAUGACCUCAUAGAUUCACUGUCUCCAUACACUGGAUUACUCGCCAGCACAAACAUGUACAAGUACGACCACUGAGUCCAGAGAAUGUGCCUCAGACAGGGUAACAAUACAACCAAAACCCCUCACUCUGUUAACAAGACAGAAGGAUGUGCAGACAUGCUCUCCUUUGCUGAUUAAACGGCCCUUAUGAAACACUUAUAUGUACAGAUACAAAUAAUUGAUUGAUUGUGCAGAAAUGCCAACAUCUUGCAAAGGAGGAAAAAAAAAACGUUUGGCAAACUGAAAAAUAGAGAAAUUGUUGUUAUACCUUAAAUAAUACCAUUAAAGUAGUCACUCAAAGGUACGCAAUGUGGAUGUGAAUUACAAACAUGUUCGUUCACAUAACAUUUUUUUUUCAUGACUCCCAUUCAGGAACAAUCUACUGGUAAAACAUCAUGGGUAUGCUAGCGUGAACAAUGGCAAUGUGUUGGAUUUAAAAAUAAAAACCCAUUGUGGAUGUGAAUGACAAUGAUUUGAACAACAUUCGC